UAUGAGAUUAGAAUUGAUUAGACUCAAACCAAUCCGGUUUUGUUGCGUUAUAAAUUGGCAUCGUUCACGUGAAUUAACCGAAGCGAAUCUUGAAUUUUAAUGAGAUUUCGAGUUGGUUAUAAAGUUGAAACGAGUCCGUUAUAUAUCCUUUCCCUCCCAAAGAAAACAGAGCAAAAUAAAAGAAGAGUCUCGAUCAUCGUCGUCGUCUUCUCCGAGAAAUGGCUGGCGAUCUCUUCCGCCGUAACAGACCUUUCAACCAACUCGAUGGCUUCUACACCGACUGGUCCAAACACCUAACCGAACGCUGUCUCCCUCCCUUACUGAUAUUUCCUUCCGACGCCAAGAACGACGCCGUCCUCGGCGACAUACACUCAUACUACGACACUCUAAACCACUACGCUAACAGAGACACCAUCCUCUACUUCCUCCUCCCCUCAUGGCGCAGCAACUCGCUCGAGACGUCGAUCCUCCUCCUCGGCGACAUCAACCCUCGUCUUUUCACCAGCCUUGUCCAGUCUUUCAUCAACGGACUCGAUCAAGAUCCGAUCGGCACUUACAGUAAUCUUGCUGCGUCGUGGAAAGACCUGUCGUCCGAGUUCGAGAACACUAUCAACGAAACAGUCUCGAGACUAGUAGAACACCAUGAUCAGGCAUUUCAGAAUUCUCUAUUUGAUAAUCUUCUCAUCCGCCAGCCCAUGAUGCAGCAGCAUGAUGCACCUCAGCGUCCACCACCGCCCAUGAACCAGCACCAGCAGGAUCACGUUAUAUAUGUUGGGAACUUGGCCCCAGAGGCCACGGAUGAUUUGCUACUCGAGCGGUUUAAAUGUAAUUAUCAUUCGCCUAAGGAAGCAAAGAUUUGCUUCGACGGAAGAAGUGGAGCCACAUAUGGUUUUGUUAGCUUUGAAGAUGAAAGGGAGAAAUGGGAUGCUAUGAAGGUAAUGAACCGAAAGAUCUUUUUAGAUAGGCAAAUGCAUAUUGGUCCUGCAGCUAAGAACUCUAUCUAGUAGUCCCACUUUCCUUCACUAUAUACUUGGGAUUGAUAUGAUACUAAAUGUAGUUUCUAGAGUCUCUUUGUUUUUUGUACUUCUCCUUAGCUUUGCUUCUCUUUUAUGCCUUAAUCUGUAAGCUGAACCAGAAUAUUAAUAUGAACUGAGGAUUUGUUUCGGUUA